GGUGCAAAAUAUAUGAACAAAUGAAACAGAGAGAAAGAGAAUAAACAGACUGAAUCCAUUAUUGAGUCUUAGUAUUUGGUUGAUGCAUGAUAGUUUAAGUGUUUUUCUUUUUUUUUACGUUCGUUAGUGUGUAAUCGGGCUUCGUUUGCUUUUCUUACCCAAAAAAAAAGAAAAAGGGGAUAAAUAGAGCGAAAACAAAAAAUGCGAAGGCAGCUCACUAAAGUCGCCAAAAAUGGGGAUUCAACAAACUCAUUGCUGCAAAAAUCCGCGUCUCCAUCGCCAUUUCUGAAGCUCGAUUCGAGCCGAUUUCAUCACCAACGCUCUUCCUCGGAGUAUUCCACUCUCUCACGUUCCAAUUUAUGGAAAUUAUGCAGUUCUAAUGGAGUUAGAGGGACGAUCCAAAAUGGGGUUUUUCCGAACUCCGUCCUCGCAAAAAGGGUUUUUUCAAGCGCCCUUUUGCAGGGGCGAUCGAAAUUUCCUGUUGCGAUGCGUGACAGAAGAUUAUUCAGCUCGGUUUCACUCGACCACCUCCGCCGCGGGGGUUCAUUUUUCAGAAGAUUUACAGCCAAUGGAGUUGUGCUAGGAUUAAUAGCGACGAAUGUUGCUGUCUUUAUACUAUGGAAGGUUGCAGGAAAUUCGUUUAUGGGGAAGAAUUUUAUGAUAUCUGUAGACCACAUUCUAAGUGGCCGGCUCCACACGCUAAUAACCAAUGCAUUCAGCCACAGAGACGCGAUUCACCUAUUUUCAAAUAUGAUCGGACUCUACUUCUUUGGAGCAAGUAUAGCACAAACUUUUGGACCGCAAUAUUUGCUUACGUUGUAUCUAGCCGGUGCACUUGGUGGCUCAAUAUUUUAUUUGGUAUAUCAAGCUUUCAUAGCACCAUCAAUCUACAGGGAUGAUCUGCAAGGUGUUUCCCACUCGAGAGUUUCAACAAUGGGUUCAAAAGCUGCUACGUCUGCGAUAAUGCUGCUUGAUAUCUUUCUAUUUCCAAAAAGGAUCAUCUUUCUCGAUUUCAUUUACCCACUUCCUGCUUUUUUAGUGGGGGGCUUUAUCGUUGGCAAGGACAUUUUGAUGGUACUGCAGGGCGACCGAGAAGUUGCCGCGUCUGCUCAUUUAGGUGGAGCGGCAGUGGCUACCGUUGCGUGGCUGCAGAAGAGGAAGGGACGCUUAGGACGAUUCUGAGAUUUCUCUUUAAUAUAUUAAAUAGAGUAUUUGAUUUUA